AGUCCGGAGAGGAAACACGGGCAGCCUGGCACCGGACUUCCUGUUUAAUCCCCGCCUGUUGACUGGGGUAAAGGGAUGAGGUCCUCGGAAGAAAAUAAAACAACCAAGUGAAACCGGAGUUAAAGUUCACUCAAAAUGAGCUGGAUUCCCUUUAAGAUUGGACAGCCGAAGAAGCAGAUUCUCUCUAAAACUGUCGAAAGAGACUUUGAGCGUGAAUAUGACAAACUCCAAAAGCUGGAGGAUCAGACGAAAAAGCUUCACAAGGACAUGAAGAAAAGCACUGAGGCUGAUUUAGCCAUGUCCAAAGCAGCAGUGAAGAUCUCUGCAGACCUGCUGAGUAACCCGCUGUGUGAGCAGGACCAGGCCUUCCUGGAAUCCAUGAAAGUUUUAGAUACGGCCAUGAGGAGGAUGGACUCCUUCAACCAGGAAAAGGUCAACCAGAUCCAGAAGACCGUUAUCGACCCUCUGAAAAAGUACAGUGGCGUCUUCCCCAGCCUCAACAUGGCAGUGAAGCGGCGGGAACAGGCGCUGCAGGACUACAAACGGCUGCAGUCCAAAGUGGAGAAGUAUGAAGAGAAAGAAAAAACGGGGCCCGCUAUGGUCAAACUACAUCAGGCCAGAGAGGAGCUGCGACCAGUCAGGGAAGACUUUGAGGUCAAAAACAAGCAGCUGCUGGACGAGAUGCCCAAGUUCUUCCACAGCCGCAUCGACUACUUCCAGCCCAGCUUUGAGGCUCUCAUCCGGGCCCAGGUGGUCUAUUUCACCGAAAUGUACAAGAUCUUCAGCGAGUUAACAGACGAGAUCGACCAGGCAGGGCUGACUGACGAGCAGAGGGAGAGGGAGACCGAGGCCAAGCUCAGCGAGUUGCGUGCUCUGUCCAUUGUCGCCGACGACUGAGGGAGGAAAGCCGAAAACCGGGAUAGGCUGCUUUCAUGCCUCUCUGAAUGGAUUGCACUCUUUUCAGGCUCCUCCGCGCAGCGCAAACGGACAGCAGUGGCCUUCACCUGAUUAUCAGUUUGACCCCCCCGCCCAUUCCUCUUGCACUACACUCCCCAUGUUUCAUUCUAUCUACAGAGACCCUGCAACUCAGAGCAGCUGAAAUGCCACAUUAACUAAGCCAUCAGCCAAGUGCAGCGUUAUAAGCCAACAGUUUUUUUUUUUUUUUUAAGUUUAGGAAUCGAACAGCUCUCGUCUGAACUGAUUAACUUGGUGACAUUUCUUGGUUUAAUGAAUAUCUAUAAGCAUUUGUUUAAAUAAGCAAGGAAACAAGCAAGGACAUGAUUUAUUAGUCACACUGCUACGUUAACAGCGGUCAGUGAAACAUAGUUUAAUAUAUUUCCCAACUUUAAAAUUACAAACACUACAGACUGAAUGUUAACGUACUGUAUGCUAUCGGCAAAAAAAAUGUAUUUCUGUAUUUUGGCCUUUGCUGGUGAUCUGUGUGUGAAGCUCUGUGCCAUGAUGUGCGAGGGCUUUUAAUGAAGAUGUAACAGGCUGAUGCUAACGUCACCUGUGAAUAACGUGCCUACAUUGUCCUGAUAGUGGCUGUAACAUGAAAACUAAUUUGUGUGAAGUCAGAAUGUGCCUGUGCAGCAGUGUUGAAAGAUCGACCACUUAACUGGUCGGCUGCAGAGAGAAUAAGAACAAUCACUGUCCAUAACAAAGGCUGGUGCUCCCUCUAGCGGAAAACACUGAUCAUGACACACAUUUUCCUUUUAUUCAAACCAUCCAUCCUUUGUUCUAUUGUUAGUGGUUCAGCUCCUCUGUUAAUAAAGAAGCUCCUCUAAUGAAGACGGUCCUCUCCCUGCCCUGUACACCAGGGACGGAAGCCAACUGUUUUUGGCUUUUCUUUGUAUCGGACCAAAAUAUGUUGUCAGUGUCAUUUGUUUCCACCGUCAUCAGGAACAGCCUCAGUACGAUGACCAUGCUCUGGUUAGUGGAGCCACAUCGUAGUGCACAAACGCUGAUCGCUCCCAUAUCACGUCAGUGGAUUUUUUUUUUUAGGUGUCAUAGCAAGAAGUUUAUUUAUUAAUUGACAGUCCUGUUUGGUUUUUUAAUAUUGAAACAAAAAUGAUUUGUUUUCACGUUGCAUCAUGGAACGUACAUCUGUUAUGUUUUUAAAGUGUAUUAAUGAAGGUGUUUUUGUAAAUAAUGAGUUAAAGUUGUAGAAGAGGUUGAUUUUUUUUUUUACGUAACUAAGUGAACACUAACGCUAGUGUUUGUUUUAUUUAGGUUUUAAAUACAUUAAUGCUACAAACAAUGUUUUUCUGAUGUCAUCUCGAUGUAUAAUCAGUCAUGAAAUAAAUGAACUGUGAGAAUACGAA